AUGACCAACACAUACUUGCUCCUCCUAUAUUUCUGCGCACUAGUCUGCGUUGGUGAGGCUCAACCAACUGAAGAGGUCAUAAAGGUCGUCUCUCAAAGAUUGCCCUCUCCGCAAGAGACGUGCAGCAAGGCGAAGCCGUGUCAGCCAGGCGUCGUUUUGCCGGUAUGGCAGCCGUCGGAGAACAUCUCCGAAUGCAAAGUGUGGUUCCGAGCGAUCGUCUACCUCGUCGCUCUCGCCUACAUGUUCUUCGGCGUCUCGAUCGUUGCUGAUCGCUUCAUGGCGUCGAUCGAAGUGAUCACGUCGCAAACGAAAUCGGUGAAAAUGAAGAAGCUCAACGGCGAGCCGUACACGGUGCUCAUUCAAGUUUGGAACGAGACUGUCAGCAAUCUGACGCUGAUGGCACUCGGCUCGUCGGCUCCCGAAAUUCUGCUCUCUGUCAUCGAAAUUUUCGGCAACAAUUUCGAGGCUGGCGACUUGGGACCAUCGACAAUCGUUGGAUCGGCCGCGUUCAAUUUGUUUGUGAUUAUUGCAAUCUGCAUUAUUGCAAUUCCCAACGGCGAAAUUCGUCGAGUUCAGCAUAAUGGUGUAUUCUGGGUGACCGUCGUCUGGUCGACGUUCGCCUAUAUUUGGCUCUACCUCAUUUUGAGCGUUUUCAGUCCUGGAGAAGUCGAGGUUUGGGAAGGCAUUUUGACAUUCAUUUUCUUCCCGUUGACCGUUCUUACCGCCUACUUCACCGACACCUAUGCGGGCACCUUCGGGCAACGAUUCUUCGGAGGCCCGAUAUCAUCAUUCCUUCGCCGAUCGCCUCGUCGAUCGCAAAAGCGAAGAGAUGAGAAUAUUGAAGCUGGCGGUGAUCAGCGGAAGUCGUUGAUCGGCGACGCCGACGCAGCGGCCUAUGAGCUUCAGCGGCAGCACUAUUUGAAUAUUUUCAAAAAGUUGAGACAAGAGAAUCCGGAUUGCCCAGUUGAUGAGCUCGAAAAGCACGCAAUGGAGAAAGUAGUGAGCGAGAAAAAAAAAAGUCGAGCUUUCUAUCGAAUUCAAACGACUAGAAAACUCAUCGGAUCUGGUGAUAUUCAGAAGAAGCUGAAGAAGAAGGUCGAAGAGGAUCCACUCGUUAAGAAGGCGGAUUUUGCGACAGUUGAAUUUGAACCCGCCAACUACACGUGCCUCGAAAAUGUCGGCGACGUUCGAUUGACAGUGAAAUGCGAUCGCGGCAGUGUUCCCGACGACACGACGGUUACCGUGCAUUAUCGGACCAUCGCCGACACCGCGCAAGAGCAUUCCGAUUUCGAGCCCGUCGAAGGCACACUGACGUUCGCGCCGGGCGUCACCGAGCAGCACAUCAAAGUUAAAAUUGUCGACAACGAUAUUUAUGAGGACGACGAGCAAUUCUUUGUGCGGCUCUCGCAGGUGCGCGCAUUCCGCUCCGAGCACUUCUCAUCGGUCCCAUCGCGUUUGGGUCUCGCUUCAACCGCUACCGUGAUUGUCAUCGAUGACGAUCACGCCGGCUGUUUCGGGUUCGCUUCGGAGAAAUUCAAAUGCGUCGAGAGUUGCGGAACGUUUGUCGCCGAGGUUGUUCGAUCACGCGGCGCGCGAGGCGAAGUCUCGAUUCCGUACAAGACCGUUGACGGCGUCGCAAAAUCGCCGGGAGAUUAUUUGCAUCAAGAAGGCGUCCUCAAAUUCAAAGACGAGCAAACCAGAGCUGAGAUUCACAUUCCAAUCGUGAACGACGACGAAUACGAGAAGAGCGAAGAGUUCUACAUCGAACUCGGCGAGCCAAUUUGGCAUCGGGUGAUUGCUGAUGAUGAAGAAGGAAUCGAAGGCAAACCGAUUCUGGGAUUCUCAAAGUGCAAGGUCGUCAUCACCGAAGAUCGCGAGUUUAAGAGUUUUGUCGACAAAUGGGUCGUCAAUGCCAACACGUCGCUGAUGGUUGGCACGUCGAGUUGGAAGCAGCAAUUCCAGGAGGCGUUGACACUGGAACCGGAAGAGGAGGGCGGCGCGAUCACGACGAAGGAGAAGAUCAUCCACUACGUUUCCCUUCCAUGGAAGCUUCUCUUCGCGUUGAUCCCGCCAACCGACUACUUCAACGGCUGGUUGUGUUUCGUCGUCGCCAUCUUCAUGAUCGGCGUCUUGACGGCCAUCAUCGGCGAUCUCGCGUCGGCGUUCGGCUGCACCGUCGGAAUGAAGGACUCGGUGACGGCGUUGACGCUCGUCGCCAUGGGCACGUCGCUUCCCGACACGUUCGCCUCGAAAACCGCCGCGAUUCAAGACAAAUGGGCCGACUCGUCGAUCGGCAAUGUGACCGGCUCGAACGCCGUCAACGUCUUCCUCGGAAUUGGCAUCGCGUGGGCGAUCGCCGCGUGCGUUCACGCCUAUCGAGGCACACGAUUCAUGGUUGCAACGGGUUCUUUGGCAUUUUCAGUGACCAUGUUCCUCAUCGGAUCAAUCAUCUGCGUAUUCCUAUUGCAAUAUCGAAGAUUCAAUAAAUCAAUACGCGGAGAGCUCGGUGGUCCAAACAAUUGGCGAUAUAUUUCAUUUGGUGUAUUCAUAAUUACAUGGCUGCUAUAUGUCCUUCUAAGCACAUUGGAAGCUUAUUGUAUUAUAGAAGGUUUUUAA